GCCUUGUUUACAGGAUAUUAAAAAUAAUUCAAAGGAUAACAUCUAAUAUCUGUUCAAAAUAAGAUUUCUUUCGAGAAAUCCAAGAUAAUAGAAUACUUUUAUACACAAAUCGUAUCUUAAAUUACCCAGUGACCUCCUGUUAAUAAAGGUCAAUGCUAUGUAUAAGACUAAGUAAGUGAUUUCAUAUGUCCAGUAGUUUGUGGACAUUUGCAAGUAAAGGUGUAGAGACUUCGUUUCAAUAGUUUGUUUUUUGACGCAUGCUCGAAAUGUUGGAAAUGGGUAGGAUGGUUUGGCGAGAACAACAAAAUCGCUUGUUUGUGUGUCUCGGCCUACUUUUGCUAGUUUAUCUAGACGUUUCAGAGUGCGCGACAACAAACCGUAGAGUUGGACCGGCAUUUCAAGGUGCAAAGAGAAUAAACCCCAAAACCGGUAAAGUGAUGGAUCCUGCAUUUGAAAACGCCGGUCAGCAAGCCGGCCUUGAAAUAUGGAGGAUCGAGGACUUCAAACCAGUUCCAUAUCCAAAAAAUCAGUAUGGUAAAUUCUACACUGGAGACUCGUAUAUAGUUUUAAAUACUAAAAUAAGAAACAAUGGAAUCAAAUCAUACGAUCUACACUUUUGGUUGGGAUCAGAAACUUCGCAGGACGAAGCUGGAUCCGCAGCUAUAUUCGCAGUUCAACUUGAUGACGCGUUAAACGGGGAACCCAUACAACAUCGUGAAACCCAAGAUCAUGAAUCACAACUGUUUCUUUCUUACUUCAAAAAUGGUGGUAUCAGGUACGCUCCUGGUGGCGUUGCCUCUGGUUUCCACCAUGUAGACCCCAACGCCUUUGAAAAGAGGCUAUUUGUAGUCAAGGGUUCAAGAAAUAUUAGAGUUAAACAAGUUACGCCAACUAUUGCUUCAAUGAAUACCGGAGACUGUUUUAUCUUGGAUGUUGGUAGAGAUGUAUAUGUUUAUGUCGGUAAUAAAGCCAGACGAGUAGAAAAACUAAAGGCUAUUUUUGCUGCCAAUAAUAUUAGGGAUCAAGAUCAUGCUGGUAAAGCUAAAGUUACUAUUGUUGACGAAUUCAGUCCUGAAAGUGAUUACAUUCAUUUCUUCGAAGCCUUAGGAGAAGGUUCUAGAGACGAAGUUCCAGAUGACACAACCAGUGACGAUGACCAAGAUUUCGAAAAGAAUGAAGAAAAUCACGUGACCCUAUACAAAGUGUCCGAUGCAACAGGUAGUCUACAAAUAACUAAAGUAGCACAAAAACCCUUGGACGUCAACCUUUUGGAUCCCAACGAUUGUUUUAUUUUGGACACUACAGAUGCUUUGUUGUACGUUUGGAUCGGAAACAAAUGCGAUGAAAGGGAAAAGAAAGAAGCCAUGAAUAAAGCUGAUGCUUUUCUUAACCAGCACAACCAUCCUAAAUGGACGCAUGUUCAGAGGAUUGUACAUGGAGCUGAACCAGCUGCAUUUACACAGUAUUUCAGGAACUGGCAAGUAGUUGGAGAGCAGCAUCCACGUCUUUUGCGUUCCAUCAGUUCCACUGGCCAUCUCUACCAUUGCCAAAUUCGUUCACGUAGUCAUAAACUUAAAGUUGAAGAAAUUAAAAACUUCGAACAAGAUGAUCUUUCGGACGAUGAUAUAAUGAUCUUAGAUGGUGAUGAUACCGUAUUUGUUUGGAUAGGCAAAGGUGCAUCUGAUGAAGAAAAAGCUAAAGGUCCUAAAUAUGCACACAAAAUGCUAGCUAAACAUGGACGUGAAGAUGUUCCAGUCAAAAUAAUCGAACAAAAUGACGAACCUGAAGAGUUUACCAAACAUUUCCCUUCUUGGGAACCAGGAUUCUGGGACAACUUAUCUGAUAUUAGAGAUCACAUUAAAAACGAGGAGGACUGAAUA